UGCAGUUCCUUCGCCGGUUCGCCUCUUAGCGUCUUAGCCACUAUCUGCCUGACUGCCUGCAACUUGCCAUUCCGGGGAAAUCUCGGGGUGUCGGCGGACGUUGUUCACCUUCUCAGUUACUACAUCGUACUCCGUACACCACCACGAUAUCUAUCUUUUUACUCUGUACACACACACACACACACACACACACACAUGUAUCUGGCGGACAGUUUCACAAGGGACCAUGGCUGGGACAAGGACUCCAGUUGCUCCAGUACCUUCGUACUUUGUACCCCCACGCCUCACCAACAGAUCUAUCUACUUCCUAGUACUCCGGAAAGCGGGAGGAUCACAGGCGCACGGACCCCCACGCCAUGGCUUGGAGAUGUCUUGAUUGAACAGGUUCCAUCUACUCCAGACUACAAAAGCCAGCCUAUCGGUCAUGAUUAUCCAUUCUCUGUACAGACUUGGACAGAUCUCAUCAAUCCUAUAAUGUUACACACUAUACGAACGCCAUCCCGCCGCUGAUAUCUCGAAACGAAGACAAGAAUGCGCCUGGUAAAACGACCAAA